GGUUUGGGCAACAUGGCAAGCAGGACGGCGCACUCGGAGGUUUGUAGUCGCAGGUGCGCGAGGACGAGUACCGAGAGCAGCGAGCCCGGCAGCCGAUGCGGUCCUCACGCGCGUGUGAGCGAGACGGUUGUGUUGAUCUUGGAUCACACUGAAUGGGGACCUUCGGAGUUCCUUUAAGAUGACACGAACACAUCCACCUGACAUACUGGUAUCCACUCUAUAUCGGGAUGUCACUCUAAACCCAAUCACUGGGCACUCCGUUUCGCUCCACUCUCCCCAGCAAUGUGACAUGCAAAUGAUCGACAAGCCAGAAAUCAUCAACAAAAGACACUGUCGUAGCUUUGACUUCAUUGAGUCACUGGAUGACCCACAGCCCUUCUCUUCCUCAAUGGAGUAUUCAUACAACAGGGCUGAGCAUCAGACACUGAAUAAAGAUGUCAUGUGGAAUGGGCUUGCUCAACCAGGGCACCUUCGUUUCUCCUCCCCUGAUCUGUUCAACACGAGACAACUCCAGCAGCACACUAGCCAGGACAAAACCAGCCAUCUUACAUGGGCGGAUUCCAAAAAGAGAACCAGGUCUAAAAGUGUUCCCAGAAUCAAGGCGACUCUCACACCUGUGCCCAUCUCCGUGUCCCCUCCAGCGGCCAGGAAGGGGAGCGAUGCACCUCAGGCUGUGUCAGACCCUCUAAAGACGCCUGAACCACACCAAGAGUCCUAUUCCUCCGGUAGAGCUUUUCUAAACGAGGUUCAUCCUAUCAAACUGCAGCCCCAUUCUCCCCUCUGUGUCUCAGACUGUUUUGAGGAGAAUAAACUAGAUAAACCAGCCAUAACUCCUCAUGUCAGGUACCGUGUCGACAUAAAACCAGAUGCCGCUGUACUCCAGCAUACAUCCAGGCAGGUACCCAACAUGCAGAGCGAGCAGCCCUGGCAGAGAUACUCCCACUCCAGCAGCAGUAGAGGGUUGUAUGUGCCAAGGCAGAUUGCCUCCUCGCAAACACCUACACCAAGCGAGUGUUACAGUGGAGAUUUUAGACAAGGAUACCACUACACCACCAGUAUGUCUCCUAUCUCCUACCAACAUAUAGACAUGCACAGAAUGCAGACUCCAACAGUCCCUUACCUGACUAGAGAGCAAAGGGCUUACUCGAACCCCAGCAUACCCACUAAGUUUUUCUACACCGAGGAUCCUGUUAGAUAUCCCAUCCAUCCCUACUCAAGGACAUAUUUUCAGGACGAUCAGUCCAGUCUAACCAGCCACGGUAGCACUCUGACCAGUCAGUACGAUCCCAGGACUCGCUGGGUGCACACCCUUCCCCUAAAGUCAUAUUACACCGACCAUGUUUCUAACCAGGAGCUAGCGCAACCUGUCUACGGCAGACCUUACUCCACAAGCGAGGCAGGGUCAUACUUCUCUCAAACGCCACUGUCUACACCCUACUACGGAGAAGACUAUCGGAGCAAUCCAUAUCCUUUGAGUUGCUCCAGAGGGUUUUACCCCAAGCCAUUCAAUCCUCAGGCAGACCAAUAUAUUCCGUCAAGACAGUAUCACACUGAGGGCCGGCGGCGGCCACGGAUGUCCCAGGCAUUUCCGGACGACUGGUAUCGCUCAAGCAUAUCGGGUUAUUCUUACCAGUCCUCGCAGCAAACGCCGCCCAGAGUAAGACAAGACCCAAUUAUGUCGCCCUCGUUUGGCAACAGCUCUUUGGAAGCGAGUAGACUAGGGGCCGAGGUUAGAAAUCACUCCAAGUCUUGGGAUAAUAUUCUUUACCCACGCCACGACAGAGAGCAAACGGUGCCUCGAGGCCGCAGCUACGAGAACCUGUUUUACCAGGGAAGACAUGCGACAUCGUCGGAAGCUGCACCUCAGCCAGUCAUACUCAACCUCUCGAGUUCACCGAGGCGCUACGCGGCCCUGUCACUCUCCGAAAACUCCUUAGAGCGAGGCCCAAACAGCAACUGGAGGAAUGCAAAGGGUGGGCUCUGGUUUGUAACCCCUGAGAUCACCAUCACAGACAAUGACAUACGCGCGGGCAACAGCAAACAGCGUGACACGCAGUCUGUCCACUGGGAUGCAUUGGCCAGGGAAAAGGUUCCCUCUCCCAGACUUAUCCAUCAAGAGCAGCCAUCCGACGCAGCCGACAGGACCAAAGACCGAAAACAUGGUAAUUUCUCUCUGCAGCAGAGUCUAGAACAACUGGACGAGCUGUUAGCGGACCUGGUUGUUGAUUACAAGCCGCCAUCUGUCAGGAAACCGAACGAAAGCGAAGGUCUUUUGGGCCAACUAAAGCAACUGAUGACCGAAGAUGUUGAAAAAGAAAAGGGAGCCUCCGGCCUGGAGAAUGUCGGCCCUCUGAACACCCAGCUGUCGCCCACCAAAUCCAGCCCCGACACCGUAAAAGACCCCGACAGCGGCUGCGACGGCUUACAGAGGAGUGCGGAGGAGUGUUCCCCAGACCACAGCACGGAUGAAGAGGACACCAUGGUUUGCGCCAACAGGAAGUGCAAGCGGACGGAGACGCUGUUCAACGCGUGCUUGUACUUCAAGUCGUGCCAUAGCUGCUACACGUUUUACUGCUCCCGCAACUGCCGCAGAGACGACUGGGAGACCCAUAAAGAGAACUGUUUGUAUGGCCGUGUCAGCAGUGUGUGCCGACACACCCUGAAGUUCUGCAGAGAGAAUUCAGAGAUCCACAAGGCCUUCUCCCGCGCUGCCAAAGCCGGGUACCUCUCCAGGGGGCGAGGCGUUCUCUUCUUGGGUUUUGCUAAUCCAGAGACCGCCGACAACUUCUUGCAGACCGGGCUCGAGAGCCUCCCCAUGUCGCCCACGUAUUUGUCCAUCAGAGAGCUGGACAGCUUCAGAGACAACCUAGGCGAAUUCUGCAAGGAGCUGCAGCAGGCGGGCAAUGAAUACGACCCCAAUGAAUGUUUCCUUCUGAAUGUGUCCAUAGCUGUUGGCGAACUAGUGCCUGACAGACCUUCGCCACGAUUCCAAACGCCAACAGUCCGGAAAUAUGCAAAGGUGUCCUUGGCCUCCUCCAGCCCAGAGAAGAAAGUGCUCAGGAAGGACGGCGACAUGGAAACGCUCAUCCUCACGCCGCCGCCAGGCACGCCUGACAUUGAUAAGGAGGGGGAGGAGGGCAGAAAAGCCAGGGAAGUGUGCUUCGUCAACAUCCAGCGUGAGCUCAGGACCAGGGGCGUCUUCCUCCGUCACGAAUAUCCCAAAAUCUACAACCAGCUAUGCGAGUUUGUGGAGAGCAACAAGAGGUUCACCCCCACCACUAUUUACCCAAUAGAUAAGAGAACGGGGAAACAGUUCAUGUGUAUGAUCAUGGCCGCGUCCGAGCCUCGAACACUGGACUGGGUGGGUACCCCUCAUCUCCUGGAUGACAUUAUCUAGUUUUGCACUGUAUAUUAUGGAUAAUGAUGUCAGCUGCACUAUGUGUACAUACUGUAAAUUCAUUACAGUGAUUUAGUACAUUGAUAUGGAAUAAGCUUGAUAUUUUGGCUAAGUUUGACGAUGUCAGACCAGUCUCUCUCUCU